CAAGGCGGUUGAAACACGCCUUAAACAUUUACAGCUGCUAUAAUGGACUGUCUGGUACAACCAUUACAAGAUAAAUUAGAAGACUGGAAACGUUCUGUCGCUACUAUAGAUAAGGAACAUGCCAAAGAAUAUAAACGUUGUCGUACUGAAUUGAAAAAACGUUCGACAGAUACGUUACGUUUACAGAAGAAAGCCCGCAAAGGACAAUCUGAUACAUUGCAAUCGUUAAUGGAUUCACACAUGCAGGAUGUCACACUAAGACGUGCUGAACUGGAGGAGGUGGAGAAGAAAUCCUUAAGAUCAGCCAUGAUUGAGGAACGUAUGCGUUAUUGCAGUUUUGUUCAUAUGCUGCAGCCAGUAGUGAAGGAAGAAUGUGAGGUUAUGUCGGAAUUGGGUCAUUUACAAGAGGCCAUGCAAUCGAUUGCUUUGGUUACCAAGGAACCUCAAGUUUUACCAGCUGCCAGUGAGGAAUUGAUACAUGAUGCUAAAGCUUCUAUAACUUUAUAUCCCGAAUCACCAAGUGCCAGUGCUGGUGGAGGCGGUUCUCUAUCCCAGGGUGGUUGUUCAAAUUCCUUGGGUUCGCGCAAGUCAUCAGUGUGUUCUAUAAGUUCUAUGAAUAGCAGUGGUUCUAGCAAUUCUCCUGGACAUCCUCAUUAUCCUAGAUCUUUGUCACAGUUAAUUUCGCCUUCUAUACGCUUAAAGCCCGGCGAAUCCAGUGAUAGUGGCUUUUGCUCUUCACCAGCUUUAACCACACAGGCUUCUUCUAUCAAUAAUCCUUCGCACGCUGUUACCACUUGGCCAACACAUUCCCAAGACACCGUUGAUUUACCAUCUAACGCCUCCGAGCGUCCACACACUAUUUCUUCAGCCUAUGAAAAAGGUCAUCAAAGGCCUCCUUUAACUGUUUACACCUUUCAAAAUCCCGAAACUAUACACGAAGGUGGUGGUGGCAGUAACAAUGCUGCUGCUAUUAAUAAUGGUACAGGUGGCACUUCAUCGGGUCAAAACACCCCCUCGACCCAAAAGUCACCAGCUGGUGCUUUUAGACCACCUUUACCAGUGAAACCAGCUCAUGUGCGAUGUUCAUCAUUAGAAAGACCUCUAUCGGCCAAUAAUAGUCGCGGUAAUGGCACAAAUUUAAUGCAACGUCAAUGUCCAUCACCAAUACCAGCUCAUGUCACUAAAG